AUGCCCUGGUCCCUUCACCCUCCCACCCCUCCCAACCCCUCUCCAUGCCUCCCAAACUCCCUCACAUCCCUCCAGGUGUGGGACAACUACAUCAUAGCCACGGCCAUCCACCGGCACUACAACGGCAGCAGCACCGCCAUGCUGCAUCACAUCGCCCACCAACUCGCCUCUGACUGGCGCCCUCUCAUCCCUGCUUGGGCCUCCUGCCCUGGGGAUAAUCGUUCUUAUCCUGGUGGUGCUGCUGCUGCUGAUGCAGCAUCGACCGUCGUGCUAGCAAGCGCUGAUGCAUCCGCGCCGCCCAGCCGUGCUACCUGCCAUCCAGGCUCCCAUCCCAUUCUGCCUCAUGCCUUCCUUCCAUCCGCUUGGGGUUUCAUUGCGUUGCUGCCUGGUGUACCAAGAGGCAAGCCAGUGUUGGAGCAAGACAGCUCCAACCCUUCUGUUGAAGAAACUGCGGCGGUACCAGUGGCUAAGAAGAUCGCCAGGUACACGCAGUCAACGCUGACGUGGGGCAAGAAGGUAGGUAACGCAGGAGCAACACCGACUUCGCCUGCCGACCAACGAUCGACGCCCGCCACCGCAGGCACGCAGUUGUCACCAUCAACUCCUAGGCCUUCUAAAUCGUGGCAGCGGGGGAGCCUCAAAGACGCCCGCCUUGAAGACCUGAUCACGAUGUCUCUCCUCGAGUAUGCGCCCAACUACGAUGAGGUGGUGCAGAUCUGGCGCAGCUACAAGAAGCGCCACCCACUUGGCAAUGUGGCGGCACCUUCAGCAAGAGAGGGGGAGGGCAGUGGUGGCAAGGGAAAGGAGGCAGUUGAGGAGGAGUUGGAAGCACCGCGGGCUAAGGGAAGUGAUGAUGACGAUGACAAUGACAAGCAGGCCUCAUCUGAUGAUGAUUAUUGA